UGCGUGUCUUUUUAGAGCUCGCCGCGCGGUGGCACCGUGCGUCAGCCCCCUCCGCGCGCACCGCUCUCUCCGAUCCGCUGCUCAUAUGAUGCUGGAGAUCUUCAGCGCAACGGGCCGGUUCCUGGGCGGCAUUCAGCGUUGACAGUUUGAUCUCUCACGAAUACCGUUUCGCGCCCUCGCACACAGCGGAGCUUUGCGCGCGGCAUGCUUCGAUCGGACCGAGCGGCACAGCGGCGCACUGAAACGGGACUUGGAAAGUUACUUAAACCGAACGAAGCUUAUUCUGCAUCUGGGCGGACUCAGUGAACGGGAGGUUCUUCACUGCAAAAGACUCGUCUUGGGGAUAACAAAUAGCAACGCUCCGGGAACAGAACUAACUUUUGGUUCGCUGGAAUGAGAACAGCGCAGCGUCAUUGAUUACGAGCGAAUUAUCACCCCUUUAAUCGCAUCCCGGGGACGUUUAUCAACAGUGUUUGCGCUCUGGAUUGGGUAUGCACUUAUUGAGCAAACACUUGUGAAGUAGAAACAGUUGAUGAACGAACGAAAGUGUCUAUGAUUAGCCUUCUGUGCUUCGGAGUCGUUGACCGUUAAGAACUGAAGUUUUAUCCUGCCGUUCACAAACUCGCACCUGCAGAGGAGUUGAACAGUAUUCCAUUUCGAGAUAUAAAUGUGAAGGAUUAGUCUAUCAAGUCUCUCGAGUCGCUCGAGUCCUCACGCGAGACGCGCCAGAGACACUCCAGAACAUUACGCGCACAACUGUGGCUGGACUGUGGAGAAGCAACAUGUACCCGGCGUGCCGGACAAACGCGUUCGGUAUCUCUCCAUCUGCCUCUCUGGCGAUGUUUGGGAAUUCGGGUAAAGCCAGAAAGAGACCCUGUUGGAUUGUAAUAUUGCUGUCGGUGCUCCUACAUCUGGCGUCGGCACAAGAUGAUGUUCCUCCAUACUUUAAAACGGAGCCUGUCCCGAGUCAGUUGCACCUGGAGAGGAACCGGUUGGUUCUGACCUGUAUGGCCGAGGGGAGCUGGCCUUUGGAGUUUAAAUGGAUCCACAACGACACAGAGAUCACACGGUUCUCGCUGGAGUACAGGUAUUUGAUACCAUCUCUGGACAGAUCGCAUGCUGGCUUCUAUCGCUGUAUUGUGAGGAACAGAGUCGGAGCGUUGUUACAGAGGAGAACCGAAGUACAAGUGGCAUAUAUGGGAAGUUUCGAGGAAGGGGAACGGACCCAAGCCGUAUCCCAAGGAGAAGGAGCAGUAAUACCAGCACCUCGCAUUCGCUGUUUCCCUCAACCACAGGUUACCUGGUUUAGAGACGGACGCAAAAUCCCUCCCAGCAGUCGGAUAGCCAUUACUCUGGACAAUACGCUGGUCAUUCUGUCCACUGUGGCCCCGGAUGCUGGAAGAUACUACGUACAAGCCGUAAAUGACAAGAACGGCGAAAACAAGACAGGCCAGCCUAUAACACUGUCAGUGGAAAAUGUUGGUGGUCCUGCAGACCCCAUCGCUCCCACCAUUGUCAUCCCGCCGAGGAACACCAGCGUCAUCUCCGGCACCUCUGAGGUCACCAUGGAGUGUGUGGCUAAUGCUAGGCCGCUUAUAAAGCUGAGCAUCAGUUGGAAAAAGGACGGCAUUCCGUUGAAGAGUGGACUGAGUGAUUUUAACCGUAGACUGACAGUGUUGAGUCCAGCGGUCAGUGAUUCUGGUUUCUACGAGUGUGAAGCGGUUCUCCGAAGCAGCAGUGUUCCCUCUGUCAGCGCUGGAGCAUACCUGCAUGUGCUCGAGCCGCCUCAGUUUGUGAAGGAACCAGAAAAACACAUCACAGCUGAGAUGGAAAAAGUAGUGGACAUUCCCUGCCAGGCCAGAGGUGUGCCUCAACCUGAUAUCGUGUGGUACAAGGACGCAGUACCCAUAAGCCCAGUGAAGACCCCGCGCUACAGAGUGCUGGCAGGAGGUAGUCUCCAGGUCAACGGCCUUCUGCCCGACGACACCGGAAUGUUCCAGUGCUUCGCCCGCAGCAAGGCCGGAGAGGUGCAGACCAACACCUACCUCGCCGUUACGAGCAUAGCGCCGAACAUCACGGCAGGGCCUUCCGACAGCACUGUGAUUGACGGCAUGUCAGUUAUCCUGCACUGUGAGACCUCUGGAGCGCCCCGUCCUGCCAUCACCUGGCAGAAAGGAGAACGAGUUCUGGCAAGCGGUUCGGUUCAGCUUCCGCGGUUCACUCUCCUGGAGUCAGGAAGUUUGCUUAUAAGCCCCUCCCACAUAUCAGACGCCGGCACCUACACCUGCAUGGCCAGCAACUCCCGAGGCAUAGACGAGGCCUCGGCCGACCUCGUGGUCUGGGCACGUACGCGCAUCACUAAUCCUCCUCAGGAUCAGAGCGUCAUCAAAGGAACAAAAGCCACCAUGACCUGCGGUGUGACACAUGACCCCAGCGUCUCAGUCAGGUUUGUUUGGGAGAAGGAGGGUCAGGUGAUCAUCCCUCAGUCUCUGCCUCGACUGCGGCUGGAUGUCAACGGGACGCUUCACAUCUCUCAGACCUGGUCAGGUGACAUCGGCACAUACACCUGCAGAGUGACAUCGGUGGGCGGCAAUGAUUCCCGCAGUGCGCACUUACGCGUGAGGCAGUUGCCUCAUGCCCCCGAGAACCCCAGCGCAGUGUUAAGCAUCACUGAGAAGAGAGCUAUAAACCUGACAUGGGCCAAACCUUUUGAUGGGAACAGCCCUCUCAUCCGCUACAUUCUGGAAGUGUCUGAAAACAAUGCUCCUUGGACAGUCCUGUUGGCCAACAUCGAGCCAGAGUCAACUGCUGUAACGGUCAACGGGCUCAUCCCGGCACGCUCUUACCAGUUCCGCCUGUGUGCCGUCAACGACGUUGGCAAGGGCCAGUUCAGCAAGGAGACUGACCGGGUAUCUCUUCCAGAGGAGCCUCCCAGCGCUCCGCCUCAGAACGUCAUUGCCAGCGGCCGCACCAACCAGUCCAUCAUGAUUCAGUGGCAGCCGCCACCAGAAAGCCACCAAAAUGGCAUCCUGAGAGGAUACGUCAUCCGGUAUCGUCUGACCGGUCUGCCUGUGGAUAUCCAGUAUAAAAAUAUCUCUAACCCUGAUGUCACCAACCUGCUGCUGGAGGAUCUCAUCAUCUGGACUAAUUAUGAAAUUGAGGUGGCUGCAUACAACGGAGCUGGACUGGGUGUUUACUCUCAUAAAGUCACAGAGUGGACACUUCAGGGAGUUCCCACCAUCGCUCCAGGCAAUGUGAAAGCAGAACCCGUCAACUCCACCACAAUCCGCUUCACCUGGACAGCCCCGAACCCGCAGUUCAUCAACGGCAUUAACCAGGGCUACAAGCUGUUAGCAUGGGAGCCAGGAAAGGAAGAUGAGAUGACAAUAGUGACGGUUCGGCCGAACUUCCAGGACAGCGUUCAUGUGGGCCACAUCGCCGGCUUGAAGAAGUUUUCUGAGUACUUCACUUCUGUGCUCUGCUUCACCACACCAGGAGACGGUCCUCGCAGUCCUCCUCGACGUCUGCGCACUCAUGAAGACACCCCUGGUGCUGUGGGUCACCUGAGCUUCACUGAGAUUCUAGACACGUCUCUCAAAGUCAGCUGGAGAGAGCCCAAUGAGAAGAACGGUGUCCUGACUGGGUAUCGUAUAUCAUGGGAGGAGUACAACCGUACAAACACACGGGUUACACACUACCUGCCUAAUGUUACUCUGGAAUACAGAGUCACUGGACUGACGCUCACCACCUACACCAUUGAGGUGGCUGGAAUGACCUCCAAGGGUCAGGGUCAGCUGUCAUCUUCAACCAUCUCUUCAGGAGUACCACCAGAGCUUCCUGGUCCUCCCACAAACUUGGCCAUCUCGAACAUUGGCCCUCGAUCAGUAACCUUGCAGUUCAAGCCAGGAUACGAUGGCAAGACCUCGAUUUCUCGUUGGCAGGUGGAGGCCCAGGUGGGUGUGAUUGGAGAGAAUGAGGACUGGGUGAUGGUCCAUCAGCUGGCCAACGAGCCUGAUGCUCGCUCUCUGGAGGUCUCCGGCCUCAACCCCUACACCUUUUAUAGGUUCCGUAUGCGUCAGGUGAACAUAGUGGGCACCAGUCCACCGAGCCAGCCUUCCAGAAAGAUCCAGACCCUGCAGGCUCCUCCUGAUAUGGCUCCUGCAAAUGUUACCCUGCGGACGGCCAGCGAAACCAGCCUAUGGCUCAGAUGGGUGCCUCUUCCUGAAUGGGAGUACAACGGAAACCCAGAUUCGGUGGGUUACCGUGUGCAGUACAGCAGGACCGGAGCACAAUCCAAAGCCCUGCUGCACAUCAUUGCAGAUCGCCUGGAGAGAGAGUUCACCAUCGAGGACCUGGAGGAGUGGACGGAGUAUGAGGUCAGAGUUCAGGCCAUCAACGGCAUUGGAGCUGGACCCUGGAGUCAACCUGUACGAGGAAGAACCAGAGAGUCUGUCCCCUCUUGUGGCCCUACGAAUGUUUCUGCGUUUGCCACCACCUCCAGCAGCAUUCUGGUCCGCUGGUUUGAAGUUCCCGAACCCGACCGGAAUGGACUCAUCUUGGGCUACAAGGUGGUUUAUAAAGAGAAGGAUUCGGACUCUCCUCUUCAGUUCUGGACGGUGGAAGGAAACGCCAGCCACAGUGUUCAGCUGACCGGACUGGGAAAGUACGUUUUGUAUGAGAUCCAGGUGCUCGCUUUCACCCGCAUCGGAGACGGCCGACCCAGCACUCCAUCAAUCCUGGAGCGAACCCUUGAUGAUGUGCCCGGACCACCUGUAGUCAUUCUUUUUCCUGAAGUCCGGACCACCUCGGUCAGACUCAUCUGGCAGCCACCUUCCCAGCCCAACGGCAUCAUACUGGCCUAUCAGAUCACAUACCGCCUGAACUCCACCAAUAGCAACACAGCCACAUUUGACGUCUUGAACUCCAGCGCGCGGCAGUAUACCGUCACCGGACUGAGGCCGGAAUCCGUGUAUGUGUUUCGUAUCAGAGCACAGACACGCAAAGGAUGGGGAGAGGCAGCGGAGGCUUUAGUGGUCACCACAGAAAAGAGAGCUCGGCCUCAACCCACCAGCCGCCCCACAGUCCCUCAGGAAAACGUCCAGGCGCGCAGUGUGCUGCUGUCGUGGGAACCCGGCAGCGACGGUUUAUCUCCGGUCCGGUACUACACGGUUCAGGUCAGAGAGCUGCCUGAGAAGAACUGGACGGUUCAUUCUGCGUCCGUUAGCCACGAGUCCAGCUCCUACAUUGUUGACAGACUGAAGCCUUUCACCUCCUAUCAGUUCAGAGUGAAGGCCACUAAUGAUAUCGGAGACAGUGACUAUAGUGAAGAGAGUGAAGCCAUUACAACACUACAGGAUGCUCCAGAUGAAUCUCCCACAAUCCUGACCGUCACGCCACACACAACGACCUCUGUGCUGAUUUGCUGGCAGCCUCCUGCUGAAGAGAAGAUUAAUGGGAUACUACUGGGAUUCCGAAUCCGAUAUCGGGAGUUGCUUUAUGAUCGGCUCCGAAGUUACAGCGCUCAUGCCAUUAGCAGCCCUUCAACCAGCUGGGCGGAACUAACGUCUCCAUACAGUAUACGGAACCUCAGCGACCCCUCCCUCACUCAGUAUGAGCUGGACAAUCUUACCAAACACAAGCGCUAUGAAAUCAGGAUGAGCGUCUAUAAUGCUGUUGGUGAGGGACCCACUAGCUCACCACAGGAAGUCUUUGUUGGUGAAGCAGUUCCCACUGCCCCGCCUCAGAACGUGGUCAUCCAAUCAGCUACUGCCACACAGUUUGAUGUAACGUGGGACCCGCCUCCGCUGGAGACUCAGAAUGGAGAUAUUCAGGGUUAUAAGAUUUUCUUUUGGGAAUAUCAGAGGAAAAACGAGACGGAGAAACUGCGGACUCUCUUCCUGCCGGAGGGAGGGGUGAAGCUGAAGAAUCUAACGGGGUACACCACCUACAUGAUCAGUGUUGCUGCUUUCAACGCAGCCGGCGACGGGCCACGCAGCCCACCGACCAGAGGAAGAACCCAGCAAGCUGCUCCCAGCGCUCCCAGUUUCAUCCAUUUCAGCGAGCUCACCACCACCUCCGUCAACGUGUCGUGGGGCGAGCCUGUCUUCCCUAACGGCAUCAUUGAGGGUUACAGACUCAUCUACGAGCCCUGCAUGCCUGUUGAUGAGUCCUCAGUGGCCUGUGUCGACUGUCUUCACUCCCCUUCCCCCCCAGGCGUCAGUAAGAUCGUGACGGUGGACGUGAAGGGGAACGCCCCCCUGUGGCUGAAAAUCAAAGACCUGGCGGAUGGCGUCACGUACAACUUCCGCAUCCGCGCCAAAACCUUCACUUACGGUCCAGAGGUGGAGGCUAACAUCACCACAGGACCUGGAGAAGGAGCCCCGGGCCCUCCCGGUGAGCCCUUCAUCUCUCGAUAUGGCUCCGCCCUCACCAUCCACUGGACCAAUGGGGAUCCCGGGCGAGCUCCUAUCACCCGUUAUGUUAUCGAGGCCAGGCCCUCAGAUGAAGGCUUGUGGGACAUUUUAAUCAAGGACAUUCCCAAGGAGGUGACAUCGUACACCUUCAACAUGGAUAUCUUGAAACAGGGAGUCAGCUAUGACUUCCGGGUCAUUGGGGUGAAUGAUUACGGGUACGGGUCUCCAAGCCAACCGUCACCAUCUAUAUCAGCACAAAAAGUGGCUCCGUUCUAUGAGGAAUGGUGGUUUUUGGUGGUGGUGGCUCUGGUCGGCCUCAUUUUCAUCCUGCUGCUUGUUUUCAUCCUCAUCAUCAGAGGCCAGAGCAAGAAAUAUGCCAAGAAAUCUGAUUCAAGCAACAAUUCCAACUGCAAUGCACUAACACAUGGAGAGAUGGUCAGCCUGGACGAGAGCCGCUUCCCUGCCUUGGAACUGAACAAUCGACGACUGUCUGUCAAAAAUUCCUUCUGCCGCAAAAAUGGCGUCUACACCAGAUCACCUCCUAGACCCAGUCCAGGCAGUCUGCACUACUCAGAUGAGGAUGUCAGCACCAAGUACAAUGACCUGAUCCCAGCGGAGAGCAGCAGCCUCACAGAGAAACCAUCAGAGAUCUCAGAUUCACAGGAGGCGCUUGUUUUCUCCUUUAAGACUGGGGGCCUCCAUACUCUUCCAACUCAAAGGGGCAGUGACAGCGAAUACGAAGUGGACCCCAACCGACAGAAGACCCAUUCCUUCGUCAACCACUACAUCAGCGACCCCACCUACUACAACUCCUGGCGCAGGCAGCAGAAGGGAAUCUCCCGAGCGCAGGCCUACAACUACACCGAAUCGGAGUCUGGAGAGCCUGAACCCUGCGCCCCUCCGCCGCCUCUGCCCCUCUACCCCGUUCCCCCCCAGCUCAGUUCCCCUACGCCCCAGAGCCAGUCCCAGACUGGCAGUCUGUUUAGACCCAAGGGCAGCCGGACUCCCACUCCAUCCCAGCAGAGCUCCAACCCACCCAGUCAGCACGGCACACUUUAUCGACCCCCAAGCAGCUUGGCCCCAGGCUCCCGGGCUCCCAUCGCUGGCUUCUCCUCCUUCGUUUGAUAGUAUGAAGAUAUCUAUACACGGAAAUUCAAAACGAAGGCAGGGGAUCUCUUAUUUUCCCCAACGCCUGGUCAAACUCACGUCUAUAGAAGAACGACAACAAACAUCAGCCCUGAAUCUGUUGUGCUUUACUUGUCAUUGCAAGCUGAUUUUUAUUUUCGUAUACUUUCUUUGAUCGCACAGUUUAGGUUCUCGUUUCGUUUCUUUGCUUGUGUGUGUUCAGCGUGUUUCGCUUUUGAUGAAAGACAAUCACUUGGAAAGACACGUAAAGGCAUCGGUGAGCUUUGUUUGUUUCGGUUUGGGUUUUUUGUGCUGUCUGAACAAACUGCAUGACUUUUUUUUAUUGUUCAAACAAUUCCUUUCGUUUGCUUUUUCAUUUUGUUGUUAUGGGUUCUUUUGUUUAAUCGAGUUCCACAAAAGAGUACAACGCCAACACUACGUUACGAAUGCUGGACAAAAGCACCGACACAUGAAAAGAAUUUAAAAAGGCUAGGGAGAAAUUCUAAGCACUUGGACCGCAUCAAGAAAAACGCUAAACGGUGUGGUAUUUUUGUUCUUACACAGAUGACGAAGUACUGCUGUGAUUACGAGAGGUUAAAGUUCGUUUGACUAGAGACUAUGAUCUGAUAAAGACCCGCCUGCACUUAGCACAUGUUUGAGUUAGAAAGCCAGCAUCAUUUAUUGAUGUCGCAGGUCAGUGUUCACCAGUGCUCUGAAAAGGCCAAAGGUCAAAUUAAGUGCUUCAUGCGAAUCUGUGUAUUGAAUGUUUUUAGUUUUUUUGGGGUUUUUUUCAGAGGUAAAAUGUAGAUUGUUUGUAAAGUUGAGUACGAGUAUAUUUUCCCUCGUGAAACUUAUGGAAGGCCAAAUAUGUAAGAGUCUGAUUCACUAUGAUAUUAUUAUACUAUUGCUCUGGAUUCAUUUAUAUUCAGAGCCAUUCAUGUCAGCAGCGGUGUAUGUGGUGGGCGGGGUCAUUUGUUGCUCCUUUUGAUUUGACUCUAUGAUGUCAUCCUGAGCUUCAGGUUGCACUUCCGCCGCGUAAUCGGUAACGCCGGACGCAAACGUCAGUAAACAGCGGAUAUCGGAGAUUUGCCAGCAUCUCAGGCGGAGCUGGAUGUCAAGCAUACACAUCACCUCUCAGAUUUACCCUUUCCUGAUCAUCUGGCAAGACAUAGCGUCAUAGAAGCUGACGACGUUUCAAAGAUUGUGCAACCAAGCAAAUGUAUUGUACCUGUGAACUUCGGAUUUUUCACCACUUCGCUUUGGCGCGGCUAUUCAAAGUUACUGAAGAUAAAAGAAAAUGGACUAAGGGACCCAACACGAUGCCAGCAGAGAACUAAAAGGCACUUGCACAGCUUACUUGUGAGGUUUAAUGAUGUUGUUUGCUCUUUCUUUUCCGUGAAGUGAUUUUACUGUCUGUAUAAACAAGGUCAAUCACAUGCUCAGUCUGCCUGAACACAGUAUAUUCCUAAAUAAAUUAUGUUUUCUGCAAACGUUAUUGGUUUGAACAUUGAAGGGCGCGAGUAGUGAGCGUUUAUGGGUUAUGAGUGACUAAUGUAGGAGAGGAAGUGAGUAAAUCUAAGUGAAAGUGUCCUUAAAAACAUAUUACUUUAGCUGUUGAGACUACCGCACACCAUGACUUAGUCUUAUCCAGGAGCUACUGAAGAUAACAAGAUCUGAAUUCUAUUGGUGCUACUCCAGCUGAUAAAUCAACAUAUGAAGCUGGAUAACCAUCACAAGAAUUCCAGUGAGACUGCUUGACCAAGGAACUCCAAAACUAACUCGCAAUCAUGGCGUUCCGAACCUGUAUGAAUUUCUUUCUUCUGCAGAACAUACAAAGAAGACAUUUUGAAAAAUGUCGGUAGCACAGCAGUUUCUGUUCCAAAUGUACUUUCAUUGUUUGGACAGAAAAUACGAUGGAAGUCAACGGGAAAUGAAACACUCUGGUUAGGGUGGGCAAAUUUGUAGCGUGAAACUUGUUUCACCUGGUUAACACAGAGUCAUUUGGUGUUGAGAGCAACGGAGGAGGCAACAUAUUGCAGAGGUGAUAUAAAACAUCACAAUAAUUUACCAUUUUAGGAAUAACUUAAUUUGGACCAGGGGCUUCAGACAGGAAGGAAUAGUGGAUUUCUUAGGCUUAAUUAAUAUAGUGAACGAAUGCUUUUGUCAUCAUUUGUUGGUUUUGGAAUAUUCCAAACUCUGUUUAAUGGGAAUAUCCCUUGGCCAAGUGUGCCAGCAUGCGAUUAUGUGCUUGCGAAUACAUUUCUAACCUAACCCUAAUUUUCCAGGUCCAACUACUUGGAAAAAUCACCACCACAUAAUGAGUGUUAUUUCAUUUCUUCAUUUCCUACUAACAGUGUAAAAAUCCAUCCUAACACUGUGACGGACAUAUACGUGGCCUGCCACUCAUAUUUCCCCAUCCCGUUGCUCUGAUUGGUUUAAUGAGUAUAGAUAAAGCGGAUCAGCAGACCUGUGAAAUCCUGUUAUGUUGGCAGCAUCUGUUGCCUCCAGCUAGCCUGCAGUUACACUGCUCCCUCAGGUUCAGAGAGAAUAAAGCCAGUCAGUCAUGAUUCAAUUUACAUUAUCAUUAUCUUAUAAAGACAUUAUCUUUAUUUCUCUGUUUCCAUUCAUUUUGUUUUUGUGGUGACAACUCAAGUGUGAUUUUAACACUGUCUUUUUUUCCCAUUACAAAUAGCUUUUUUCAUCCUGGCAAGAAUGAGACCCUUUUAUUUAUACAUUAAUGAUGUCAGAAGCAAAACAGGACAGGAAUAUAAUUAAAUGGAGGGAGAUUCUAUUUCAUAUUCAUCUCAGCUCAAGCUUUUGUGUCCUAUUAAACCUAAUUUCCUGUUUAAAGCUAAUUCAUUUAAACAUAACUAAUGUAACAGUCAUAAGAACAUGACUUCAGUGGAGAAACAUGUUUCAAAGCGUGGAUUUAUAUUCGUCAUGUUCUUCUCCAUAAGAAAGGUCAAAUCAAACACAGGUGUUUCUGAGCACUGCAUACCUGAAGUCAACUUAAAUGGCUUCUGACAGAUAAAUGAUUAAUGUGCACCAGUCAAACAGAUAUAAAUGGAAAAUAUGCUUAUAUAAUCUUGGGUUAUAUAAGAAUUGGGAACGCAUAGUGCUGUGUUUAGGUAUUAUUCUAAACUGAAUGAAGUUAAAUUGAAAUGACUUUUCAAUAUAUCAAUCUAAAAACUUUUUUUUUUUUUACAUGUAUUUAUUUUGAAUUAAUUUUAUUUUGAAUUAUUAUAAUCAUUAUUUAUUUAAAAUUAAUUGUUAUUUUUUUUAUUUUAUUUUAUUUUUUGCAUCAUGCAAUCAGGUCAAAAAUGAAGUAAGCAAAAGCAGAGUUAGCAAUUUGUCCAACAUCUGGCCAGCAAUGCAAUGUUUCAUUCAAAGGUGCUCGUGAAGCUCUGCAGCUGUGAUUCUUUUUUUAACCAUCUGCGGUCACUUCCUGUUUGAGGUUACGUCUUUGAAUUUUGUGUUAAUUAUUAAAUUAUAUCUCGCAGGAGGGUAAUAUGCACCGUGUUGAGAUCAAACGACUGGAUAAAUGCUUUUGAUGGCAAUUACAGAGUGGAGUUUUAUCACUGGAUAUAAGCCCAUUGAUCAGCUCGUUUGCAAGCACUAUAAAGGUCGUGUCAGGAAGUAAUCACCUUUUUGAAAAGUUAUGGGAAUUUUUUGACCACUUUGGCGGCUUUUUAUAAGCUGGUUUGAAGAGAAGACUGUAAAAAGUUUGUAAAAGUGUGGUGGUUUUACAGCUCUAAUACAUACAAAACAUAUUUAUUCCUGCCUUAAAAUUCAGGUGUGCCAUUUGGAUUUCCAUAUACCUGAAAUACUCUUACUUUGACGUUAUUUUGUCUGUUUUUGGUUAUUAUGCUGUUUUUGAUCCCUGAUGUUAUGUAUGGUUGGACUGUUUCUGUGGACGCAACGAGACGGUCAAAAUGCUUAGAACUACAAUUUUUUUCUUCGCCGCCUGGGUAAGUGAGAUUUAGCGUGCGGACGUAUUGUACAAAAUAACCUCAUGUUUGUCUCUUUUUGUGUGUGACGGUGGGAUUUUUAACACAUUUUGCCUUUCGGAUUUGUGUAGAACUUAAACCAAAAGAAGUGUUUUGAAACAGAGAGCGUAAAUGAAGGUCUGUUCAGAUGUAUGUUUAUUGUUUAUCGUGUUAAGAUGUUCGAAGGGCCUGCAUUUCGUUGUAUGGCAGUUUGCAAAUAUGACCACUCGAGUCGCAUAUGUCACUAUGAAUCACCCGGCUGAAGAGGAUGUAUGUGGACGGGGUUUGUCUCAUUUGUUUAGUGUGGUUAUUGCGUCAUCAAUCCACUUGGUAACCGUAACCACAACUGUAAUCAAACAGAAAUUUAGCUUUUUUUUUUUCAUUCGCAGACAAAAGGUGAUCAUUAUUACUUUUGUAAAGAUGUCUAUUUGCCUCGUUAUAGUUCAUUUGGGUUUUUUUUAUAUUUGUUCAUUUAAAAUGUGUUUAUUUUUGUCUUUUCCUGUGGAGUGAUUUACUUCCUCAAUAUUAUAUACCAGUGCUGCAUCUAAGGACUUUUAAAAAUGUCUGAAAUGGGAUAUAUUGUAUUAUAAUAUAUAAAGUGUUUAGUGCCAAGGUUGUACUCUUACUCUGUGAUCAAAGAUGUAUAUUCUGUACUAGACAAUAUAUAUAUAUAUAUAUAUAUAUAUAUAUAUAUAUAUAUAUAUAUAUAUAUAUAUAUAUAUAUAUAUAUAUACACACACACACACACACAAAGUAACAAUCACUUGAAGGAGCUCUUAAGCAGUUAAUGAUCAUCUGGCUUUGGGUAUAAUUCUUUGUCUUUGGAAAAGAAAAAUAAUAAUAAAAAUAAAUAAGUUGACCUGAUGACAGAAUUAUAUUAUUUUCUAAAUAAAAUGAAACAAAAUCAAACAAGUGUG